CACGGGCUAAGGUGGAUGUUAAUCCUGUCCGGAUGGAGACGCCUUUCACCUUGACCGAAAAGGUGGAAGUGCCAGAGCCCCAGGACGCCAUCCCUCAGAUCCCAGAAACACCAAAGCCAGAACAAGCGGAGAAACCAGAGGGAGACGACGAAGGCAAACAGGAGGAGCAGCUGAAUUCUUAUUGUGCAGAGGAAGUCCUCGACACAGAGGUGUUGACAGAUUGUGAACCGGACCAGCAGCAUGGGGACUGUGAAGAAGCGUCUCCCGAGACUGAUAGUCCAAAACACAUCCUUGACUUUGACCAGGAUCCUAAAGUUUCCUCUGAUGACCUUGAAGACGACCCUCAUAAUGUGGAGCCAGAGCCACCUGCAUUCCCUGAGAGCUCCAACCCUCUCCUUGACACCAGUGCCCAGAGGAUGAGGGCAGAACUGGGAAAGAGGCGAAGCCAACGAACGCGCCCUCCAAGGUUUAUGCCUCAGAGCUCGGUGCCGCCCCCCUGCACAAAGAACCCUUCCCCUGACUGGAGGACCUGUGACUCCACAGAUGGCAAGGUCAUAUGUGGCAAGCGAAAGGGGUCAGAUUCAGAGGAGGAGCAGCCCAGAGUGAAGGAGGUCUGCUCCCCACCUUCCGCCUCUCAGAGAGUGCCCAUGUUCCCUGGAUUGAGCCCUUCUGCCCUAAUGGCCCAUCUGAAAAAGAGAGCAGGUGGAGGAGGAGAGGAUGAAGGGGUAGAGAAAGACAGACCAAGUGAGGAAACACAACCAUCCCCCUCACAACUCCCACGCCCCCCUCGCUCUCCAGCUCUCCUUGCUGGGGCUGCCCGAGUGCUGCCCCCCCUAGGCGGGACAGAUGGAGGGUCUGCUUCCUCCCCGUCAUGGUUAAAGGAACUAAAGUCUAAGAAGCGUUUGAGCCAGUAUGACACUGAGGCAUAGACGCUGGUGAGUCAGCAUUGGCAAGGACAAGAGAACUAGAAUGAUACACUGCACAGUUGCUGCGAUGCAGGAGUCAGCCAGUCACAGCUGCUGUUGCUGACAAACACCUUGUCAUGAGACUGCUCUGUGUUUGCACCCCUUGCGCCUCAUCGUGCACCUCCAUUGAAAUGUGCAGGAAAGGGGAAUCAGUGAAUUUUGCUGGACAUAAUGGCCGUUAGAACCUUUUCAUUUCUUUUUCAAAGUGAGCAUAUCAGCAUUUUAUCUGCACAAUAAAGAGCAGGGAUUUUAACGGAGAUAAUCUAAGUGCCUUUCAUGUGCCAAGUCUGUGAUGUGUGGGACUACGCACAUGUUUUUAUCUACUGUUGCACACAGGCAUAAUGGAGUCAGAAUCAUCCAGUGUAAUUUAGAACAAAUCCAUGGACUCUGCUUUUUUAUUGUUUCAUGUUUUGUAUUGAUGUAUCGGUAUGUUGUUAAAUAUAUUGUUUGCGGCUCAUGAUAAAUUACAUGCACACGCACAUGCACAAACACACAAAUUAAGAUAUAAAAGAUAGAUGUACAGAAAAAUACCAUACUGAUUCAUAUAGUUAAUAGUGGAUUGCACCUUACUGAUAUUUGUUUGAAUAGUCCAAAUUGCCAUAGACAGUACUGUGACAGUCACAGGGAAACCCAUCAAGAUGCACUUAAAGAAUUUUAAUAAAAUACUUGCCGUCCGUAGAGUACAUUUAGACAAUGGAUUAGAUAACUCCCCAGUGAAUAUGGCACUAACCAAUCACGACUAUGAAUCCAUACUGAUUUCUUUGACUUGUUUUGUAUGUAAAGUACAGCUAUGCUUAUCUUUAAUGCUGUAAUCAUUUGUGACUGAUACCAAUUGAGAAAAUACAAUUGUGGGAAAACAGUUUUUUUUUCUACCAAAUAAAGUUCAAAUAUGCAC